AUGGAAAUCGACAAGUUGUUCAAAGUACCCAAACUGCCUGUGGGAGGCAACAAGAGGCGAAUGCCCGACAACCCCACGCCAGAAAUGUUGAAACGUAUGAGGAUGGGCGAAGAAGGUCCGCGAGACAUCCCCUCACCCCCUACCAACGGUUCCGGGCCCAACAACAAGGGCAAGUCUAGGGCUGUUGAAGACGAGGAUGAAGGAGCGGACUUGAUGGACUUCGCCCCAGGCGGUGAUGCAGAUUACUUCGAGGAAGAUGACGAAGAGGGCCGAUUCUACGGCGGCGGUCUGACCAAGGAGCAAAAAGACAUCCUGAACAUAUUUGACAAGGCAGGCGGAGAUGAUGUACGAGAAGAUUUGGACGAGAUGACUUCCUCGGGUGUUCGGAGGCUGCUGACACGCUUUGAACGCGCCGCGAACAAGAACCAAGACCAACGGUCGAAGUAUCCUGACGACCCAACCAAGUUCAUUGACUCAGAGGCUGACCUUGACCUUGCUCUCAAAGCACUCCUACCCCUGGCUCAAUCACCUGCGCUUGCGUACUCGGAGGUCAUCAAGUCCGGUACUAUAGAACGCCUUGUCGGUCUUCUCAGUCAUGAGAACAUGGACAUUGUGAUCGACGUCGUCGAGGUCAUCAACGAAUUCACCGACGAAGAUGUUGGCAAUGGCGCGGGGGAUGAAGAGGAUGAGGAUGAUGAAGAGGGAUCACGGGAGGACGCGUUGAAGCAGCUCAUGGAAAGCUUGCUGGCAAACUCCCUGUUAGAACUUCUUGUGGACAAUUUGAGUCGCUUCAAUGAGCAAGAGGAGGCUGACCGACAAGGGAUCUUCCAUGUCUUGGGUAUCUUCGAGAACAUGCUUGGAUUCAACACCGAGCUGCCUACACAACUAGUUUCAAAAACGAAGCUUCUGCCAUGGUUGUUGACUCGAAUAGAGUCGCCCAAGCGCGAAGAGAAUCGAGGAUACGCUGCCGAAAUCCUUUCUAUCUUGCUUCAAAACAACCGAACCAAUCGACUUGAAUUAGGCAAGAAAGACGGCGUAGAAACUCUCCUGAAGGUGCUCUCACGGUACCGCAAAAAGGACCCGGUGGAUGCGGACGAAACAGAGUUCAUGGAGAAUCUGUUUGAUGUCUUGUGCUCCGCCCUUGCAGAGCCCGAAAUCAAGCAGCAAUUACUCGAUAGCGAAGGAGUCGACUUGAUGGUUCUCAUAAUGAAGGACAAAAUGCAAGCACGAUCGCGAGCCAUCAAGGUCCUUGACUACGCAAUGUCUGGUCCGGCAGGAACGGCCGCCUGUGAGACGUUUGUGGAGGCUCUCGGCUUGAAGAACUUGUUUUCAACGUUCAUGGGCAAGGCCAGCAAAAAGCAGCAGAAGGCUAACCUUGGCCAUGCAGCGUCCGAAGACACCGCCCAUACACUUGGCAUUGUCUCUUCACUUCUGUCCAAUCUGGCGUCAGACUCCCCCGCGCUUCGUGGAAAUGGAUAUGAGAAGCCGGAGAAGCUGCUCGAGAUCAGAGAUUCGGCGCAGGCGCGUCUGAAAGUGACGGAGAAAGGGAUUGAAGAUGAGAAGAAGCAAAUGGAACAGGACGGUGAAGACGUGGCGGACAUGGCGGACGUCUGGUACAUCAGGCGCCUCGAUGGCGGUCUCUUCACUCUGCAAACUGUGGAUUACAUCCUUGCGUGGAUCACCAUGGAAGACGAUGGGAUUCGCGCCCAUAUCCAGAAGCUUUUGGAUCGCAAGAACCAGACCUUCAAGGAUAUCGUCAAGACCCUCCGCAUAUACUAUGAUAAUGUCGAUGACGACAACGCCAGCGUGGACGGCUCUCUGUCACAGCGGGAUAUCCUACAAAACCUCAUCGCAUUCCUCGAUGCGUGCUGA